AUAAACAUUCACAACGCGAUCACUUUCCAAAUACCCAAAUCUUCUUCUUCACUCUCAAUCUCUCUCGCGCAUUCGUUUCUGCUCUUCGCUCUCGCUCUCGUGUGCCCUCGAUUUCCCAUCGUGUUCCCUGUGGUGAUGAUUCUGCACUCCUCGUCGUCGCUCACCAUGGCCGAUUUCACCUCCACUGCUUCCGACCAGAUUCGGUUCCUGCUCAACUCCUUGAACGAAGUCAACUCUGACUCCGUUUUCCAUCAACUCUCUCAGUUCACUGAGUUUGGAACUGUUGGAUGCAUUUUGCUGCUUCGGACUUGCUUGGAUCACUUUAAUUAUGUCAGAAGAGAUAUGAAUGACAUGCAAAAUGAGCCAAUUCUGGGGGCAGUCAUUAAGCACCUCUUGGACAAACCAAACUUCAGCACAGUGUUGUCUGAGUCAGUGAAGAAUGUAGAAAUUAAUGAAAGCUUUCUCCAAAGUUUUUGUAACGGAUUGCAGUUGUCCUUAUUGGAAAAAAUUGCCAUCAGCCUCGCUUUGUCGGAUUCCGAAAAUCCCGAUGCCAGGUUAUGUGGAAAGAAUUUUUGCAUGGCUCAGAUUGAGGAAUUGGGUGCCAGCCCUGGUUCUUUUAGUUGCCAUGAACAAAUUCACAAUAUUAUCAUGUUCCUCAAGCAGUCUGAGGGUCUUUCCAAGCAUGCGGACUCCUUCAUGCAGAUAUUGUCACUGGUGCAGUUCAAGGACACACCACCUUAUGUUUUGACUCCAGUGCUACCAGAUGAGAUGCAUGAGGCUGAUUUUUUAAGGAAUAUGGAGUUGUUCCAUGAGUCUGGAGAAAAUGAUUUCGAUGCUAUUUUGGCUGACAUACAGAAGGAAAUGAACAUGGGAGAUAUUGUGAAGGAACUAGGCUAUGGCUGCACGGUUGAUGUCUUACAAUGUAAGGAGAUAUUGUCGCUCUUCUUACCUAUAACUGAUAAAACGCUCUCGAAAUUACUUGGUGCUAUUGUUCGUACCCAUGCUGGGCUGGAGGACAACCAGAGCACAUUCUUAACUUUUGGCACGGCCCUUGGAUACAACAACUUGGCUGAGUUGCCGCCACUGAGCUCUUGGAAUAUUGAUGUCUUGAUAGAUACAGUCAAACUCCUUGCACCUCAGACAAAUUGGGUACGGGUCAUUGAAAAUCUAGAUCAUGAAGGAUUUUUCCUUCCUAGCGAAGAAGCUUUUUCUUUUCUCAUGGCUGUAUAUAAACAUGCCUAUAAGGAGCCAUUUCCUCUCCAUGCAAUCUGUGGGUUUGUCUGGAAGAAUACAGAGGGUCAGCUGUCUUUCCUCAAAUAUGCCGCAUCAGCACCGCCAGAAUUGUUUACCUUUGCACACUCUGCAAGACAGCUGGCAUAUGUUGAUGCGAUUAAUGGACACAAGCUUCAAAGUGGACAUGCAAAUCAUGCCUGGCUGUGUCUUGACCUUUUGGAUGUUCUCUGCCAGCUAGCUGAGAAGGGUCAUGCCAGCAUUGUUCGAUCUAUCCUUGAUUAUCCCCUUAAACACUGUCCAGACGUCUUGCUUCUUGGGAUGGCACACAUUAAUACUACUUACAAUCUCUUCCAGCGUGAAGUAUCUCUGGCUGUUUUUCCCAUGAUAGUAAAUAGUGCUGUAGGCAGUGGAAUGAUUCUACACCUUUGGCAUGUUAAUCCCAAUCUGGUCUUGCGAGGGCUUAUGGAUUCUCAAAACAGUGAUGUAGACAGCAUUACUAAAAUUGUGGACAUUUGCCAAGAGCUAAAGAUUCUAUCGUCAGUGCUGGAAAUUAUUCCCUCUUAUUAUAGUAUAAGAUUAGCAGCUGUAGCUUCAAGAAAAGAAUUUCUUGAUCUUGGGAAGUGGUUGAGUAGCAUCUUGACUACGUACAAGGAUGUCUUCUUUGAGGAGUGCCUCAAGUUCUUAAAGGAAGUCCAUUUUUCAGGAUCACAGAACCUCUCUGGCAAUUCUUUUCAUCAGCCUGGUGCUGUUCUGAAUCUCUAUACUGAGACAGCUGCUACCCUCUUGAAGGUUCUUAAAUCUCAUACUGACUUGGUUACAUCUGGACUACUUAAAGAGGAGCUUGAGAGUUUGCACAUAUCUAUUAUAGAUUCAAAUCCAAGGCUCCAAAAUGGUGGGACUACUGAUUCCUCUGCUUCUGAUGGAUACGCGGAGGACAUUGAAGCAGAAGCAAACUCCUACUUCCAUCAAAUGUUUUCUGAACAGUUACACAUUAAUGCAAUGGUGCAAAUGCUUGCCCGAUUCAAGGAAUCUUCUGUGAAGAGGGAAAAAUCAAUAUUUGAGUGCAUGAUUCAAAACUUGUUCGAGGAGUAUCGGUUUUUCCCCAAGUAUCCUGAAAGGCAACUCAAAAUUGCUGCAGUCCUAUUUGGUUCUGUGAUCAAGCAUCAGCUUGUAACUCAUCUCUCUCUGGGGAUUGCGCUUCGUUAUGUUCUUGAUGCAUUGCGCAAGCCUGCAGAUUCAAAAAUGUUCUUGUUUGGAAGUCUGGCACUGGAGCAGUUUGUGGGUCGUCUUGUUGAGUGGCCUCAGUAUUGCAAUCACAUUCUGCAAAUUUCCCAUUUGCGCAGUACGCAUUCGGAAAUAGUUGCUUUAAUUGAACAGGCUCUUGCCAGGAUUUCCUCUGGCCAUAUAGAUGGAGAUGGGGCGAGCCAUGCUUCCAUAAUUGGUAACCAUAAUUCUGCACAGGCUACAUUUGGUCAUGUGGAGCUCACUGGCUCUAGCGUGAUACAACCUGGACAGCCACAUUUGUCUAUGCAACUUCAACAGAGACAUGAAAAUUCCUUUGAUGAUCGUCACAAAGCCUCCAUUGGUUCAUCUUCUGAUGUAAAACCACUCUUAUCUACUCUAGGUCAAUCUUCAGUAGUUACACCCGCUGAUGCUUCUAGUACUAAUAAGUUACAUAGCAUAGUCAGCACCUCGUCAAUGCUAUCUUCUUCUCCUGGAUUUGUUCGUCCUUCCCGGGGAGCUACUUCUGCCAAGUUUGGAUCUGUCUUGAACAUUGAAACUUUGGUCGCCGCUGCUGAGAAAAGAGAAACUCCUAUUGAGGGUCCAGGAUCGGAAGUUCAGGACAAGAUAUCAUUUAUAAUUAAUAAUAUAUCAUCUACCAAUGUUGAAGCUAAAGCCAAAGAGUUCGAUGAAAUUUUGAAAGAGCAGUACUAUCCAUGGUUUGCACAGUAUAUGGUUAUGAAAAGAGUGAGCAUUGAGCCAAAUUUUCAUGAUGUGUACCUGAAAUUCCUUGAUAAAGUUAAUUCAAAGGCUUUGAACAAAGAGAUUGUGCAGGCAACUUAUGAAAAUUGCAAGGUUCUUUUAGGAUCAGAACUCAUAAAGUCAAGUUCAGAAGAGCGCUCUCUGCUGAAAAAUCUGGGGAGCUGGCUUGGAAAGUUGACAAUUGGUCGAAAUCAGGUUUUGAGGGCUCGUGAAAUUGACCCAAAAUCUUUGAUUAUAGAGGCAUAUGAGAAGGGGCUGAUGAUUGCUGUUAUUCCAUUUACUUCAAAGAUCCUCGAACCAUGCCAGAGCAGUCUUGCAUAUCAGCCCCCUAAUCCUUGGACCAUGGGCAUUUUGGGAUUGCUUGUUGAGAUUUAUUCAAUGCCAAACCUAAAAAUGAACCUCAAGUUUGACAUAGAGGUAUUGUUCAAAACUCUUGCCGUAGAGAUGAAGGAUGUCACACCAACUUCUCUCCUGAAGGAUCGCAAAAGAGAAAUUGAAGGGAAUCCUGAUUUUUCUAAUAAAGAUGUUGGGGUGUCUCAAGCACAACUGGUUUCUGAUAUAAAACCUGGCCUUGUACCGCCUGUAAAUCAAGUGGAGUUACCACCGCUUGAAGUCACAAAUCCAUCCAAUCCACAUAUGUUGUCUCCGUAUGCUGGUCCUCUACAUAUAACCACGGGACCAUUGAUUGAUGAUGAGAAAGUAACACCUCUGGGCCUCUCUGAUCAACUUCCAACCGCUCAAGGACUGUUACAAGCCACUACUAACCCAUCACCUUUUAGCCAGCUCUCAACACAGAUCCCUAACAUAGGGACUCAUGUUAUUAUCAAUCCAAAGCUCAGUGGUUUUGGAUUGCAAAUGCAUUUUCAGAGAGCGGUACCUAUUUCAAUGGAUAGAGCUAUCAAAGAGAUAGUCACUGGUAUUGUGCAGCGCAGUGUUUCCAUAGCAACACAAACAACUAAGGAGCUUGUUUUGAAGGAUUAUGCUAUGGAAUCAGAUGAAACACGUAUAUUAAAUGCUGCACAUUUGAUGGUUGCUAGUCUGUCCGGAAGUUUGGCUCAUGUCACAUGCAAAGAACCUUUACGAACAUCAAUAUCAAACCAACUGAGGACGGCACUUCAGAAUAUAAAUAUUGCAAGUGAAAUCUUGGAACAAGCUGUCCAACUUGUCACCAAUGAUAAUCUUGAUCUUGGUUGUGCUGUCAUUGAACAGGCUGCUACCGAUAAGGCAAUAAGCACCAUAGAUACAGAGAUUGGUCAACAACUUUCUGUGAGAAGGAAGCAUCGAGAAGGUAUGGGCUCUACAUUUUUUGACGCGAACAUGUAUCAACAAGGUUCAAUGGGUGGUGUUCCAGAGCCCCUUCGACCCAAACCUGGUCAGCUGUCCCUCUCACAACAGCGCGUUUAUGAGGACUUUGUUCGGCUUCCGUGGCAAAACCAGUCUACCCAGAACUCACAUUCUAUAUCUGGUGGUGUUUCUAUUCAAUCUGGAGGUACUGGUCUCACUGGUACCAGUGGUACUGUAUCCGGACAAAUGAGCCCUGGCUACUCUGUGAACACAGGAUAUGAAGGGGUCCCUCGACCAAUAGAUGAUAUUUCAGAAUCUAAUUUGGCUCCGCAUUUUAGUGCUUCCUCUGUUCACAUCAGAGCCGCUGACAGUGUUUCCCAGCAUAGUCUGGAGAAAGACUCUGUUGCCUCAUUUCCUUCAACUGCUUCCACCCCUGAAUUACAUACAGUGGAUUCUUCUGAUGCUGUUAAAGAUUCUGGAGCUUCUUCACAGCCACCGGUUUCAUCAGGUGCCAUGGAGCGCCUCGGAAGUAGCUUCUUGGAGCCUACUCUCACUACACGCGAUGCUUUGGAUAAGUACCAACUUGUAGCACAAAAGUUGGAAGCUGUCGUCAACAAUGAUUCCCGGGAAGCAGAUAUACAGGGCAUCAUUUCUGAGGUUCCUGAGAUCAUACUCAGAUGUGUUAGUCGAGAUGAGGCUGCUUUAGCUGUUGCUCAAAAGGUUUUCAAGGGUUUAUAUGACAAUGCAACUAACAACAUUCAUGUCUUUGCUCAUCUUGCUAUCCUAACUGCCAUUCGUGAUGUUUGCAAGCUUGCUGUCAAGGAACUUACUAGUUGGGUAAUUUAUUCAGAAGAAGAAAGGAAAUAUAACAAAGAUAUUACUGUUGGCCUCAUCCGCAGUGAAUUGCUAAAUCUGACUGAGUACAAUGUUCAUAUGGCAAAACUUAUUGAUGGGGGAAGGAACAAGGCUGCUACUGAGUUUUCUAUCUCUCUUCUGCAAAUCCUGGUUAUUGAGGAACCUAAAGUUAUUUCAGAACUUCAGAGUCUCGUUGAUGCUUUGGCAAAGCUUGCCACCAAGCCUGGAUUCCCUGAAUCAUUACAACAGCUUAUUGAGAUGAUAAAGAACCCUGCGGCUAAUACUUCUGCUCUAUCUGCUAGUAAUGCUGGAAAAGAUGAUAAGGCAAGGCAAUCAAGAGACAAUAAGGGUCCUGGUCCACUUGCUGCAAACCGGGAAGACAUGAACAAUGUAGAUUCUAUUGAACCGGAUCCUGCUGGAUUCCGUGACCAGGUUUCCAUGUUGUUCCAAGAUUGGUAUAGGAUAUGUGAACUUCCAGGUGCCAAUGAUACAGCUUCUACCCAUUUCAUCUUACAGUUGCAUCAGAAUGGGUUGCUUAAGGGAGACGACAUAACAGAUCGCUUUUUCCGAGUGUUGCUGGAACUUGCUGUUGCACAUUGCCUAUCCACUGAGGUGAAUAAUUCUGGGGCAUUGCAGUCUCCUCAGCAGCUGCCAGCAAUGUCAUUUCUCGCAAUUGAUAUUUAUGCAAAGCUUGUCUUCUAUAUCUUGAAGGUUUUCAACUGUGCUCUUAUUCCUAUAAUCCUAUCUCUUUUCUUUUGGGUAGCUUUACCUUCUUACCGAUUUUGUUCUUUGUUGGAACAGGGAUCAAACAAACUAUUCCUUCUUCCUAAGAUUCUGGCAGUUACUGUUAGAUGCAUUCUAAAAGAUGCGGAGGAAAAGAAGGCCUCUUUCAAUCCAAGACCAUUUUUCAGAUUGUUCAUCAACUGGCUUCUGGAUCUUGGAUCACUUGAACCUGUUACUGAUGGUGCAAAUCUUCAGAUUUUGAUUGCUUUUGCCAAUGCAUUUCAUGCUUUGCAGCCCCUCAAAGUUCCUGCAUUCAGUUUUGCCUGGCUUGAGUUGAUUAGUCAUAGGAGCUUCAUGCCAAAAAUGGUGACGGGUAAUGGUCAAAAAGGUUGGCCUCAUAUCCAAAGGUUGCUUGUGGAUUUGUUCCAAUUCAUGGAGCCUUUUCUGAGGCAUGCUGAACUUGGAGACCCGGUUCGUUUUCUCUAUAAAGGCACUCUUAGGGUGCUCUUGGUGCUACUUCAUGACUUCCCAGAGUUCCUAUGUGACUAUCACUUUACCUUUUGUGAUGUUAUCCCUCCAAGUUGCAUUCAGAUGCGAAAUAUCAUUCUUAGCGCAUUUCCACGUAGUAUGAGGCUACCAGAUCCUUCCACUCCCAAUUUGAAGAUUGAUUUGCUUCAAGAAAUAACUCAAUCGCCUCGCAUACUAUCAGAGGUUGAUGCAGCACUUAAAGCAAAGCAGAUGAAAACUGAUGUAGAUGAAUACCUUAAGACAAGGCAACAGAAUUCUCCAUUUUUGUCUGAACUGAAGGAGAAGCUGCUCCUCUCACCCAAUGAAGCUGCCUCAGCUGGGACCCGUUACAAUGUGCCACUAAUUAACUCCCUUGUGUUGUAUGUAGGAAUGCAGGGUAUUCAGGGACGAACUCCGCAUGCACAGUCAGCCGGAAUGUUGGCUGUAUUUUCUGUUGGUGCUGCAUUGGAUAUUUUUCAGACACUAAUUGUGGACUUGGACACGGAAGGGCGUUACCUUUUCCUAAAUGCUAUUGCUAACCAACUGCGUUAUCCCAAUACUCACACACACUACUUUUCCUUCAUCCUGCUCCAUUUGUUUGCAGAGUCUAACCAGGAAAUUAUCCAAGAACAAAUUACAAGAGUCGUGUUAGAACGCUUAAUUGUUAAUCGACCUCAUCCUUGGGGUCUCCUGGUUACUUUUAUUGAGCUGGUCAAGAAUCGCAUGUAUAGCUUCUGGAACAGAUCUUUCAUAAGAUGCGCGCCAGAGAUCGAAAAACUAUUUGAAUCACUAUUUGAAUCAGUCUCAAGAUCUUGUGGAGGUCCAAAACCAGUGGAUGAGUCUGGAUGGGUCUGACUGUGAUCCUGCUUGUUGAUUUUGUAUUGACCAUUUUAAAUGGCGCUAUGUACACUCAAUUGUUGAUCCAACAUACCUUGUGUGUAGAUUACUCUUUGUAAAUGGAAUUUUCUUUUAACUUUCGUAAGUUGUAUACAUUACCUUGUAUUUCUUAAUGUCAGAUGAUAGCUUUUAAUGAA